AACAAUGACGCACAAUGCUGGUUUAUGAUUGACAGUAAUUUUCAUGUUGUAGUUUUUUCUCGGUACCUCUUUUUUGUAUUCCGGUUGAACUCUUUGUUACCUCUUCUAAAAACUAAAAAGGCAUUUAUCACCUUGGGAGAAACGAGUAAGAUUCAGGGUAGAGUGGACUUAUUUUUUUAUUCGUAUCGAUGUCACAUGCAUAAGGAAAUUACAUGCAUAAUAAAUUGAUACCUGUCGAUAAAAUUCGUCGAAUUUAAGUGACCCAAGAGUCAUCAAGUAAUGAAGAAAAUCUAGCUAACUAAUGCUCGCUGUGAACCAGUACAUCGCUCAUCGGUCAGGUCUGUUGCCUUUGCCUGGCUGCUUGACUGUGUCGGAGUGUGGCGUGUGGCAGUCUGCUGACGACCUCGCGUUGUUUCGCACUGCGCGGACGCGCGAAUACACACGCAAUAUCCGCAGAUAUUCGUGUUCCAAUUACAAACAUUUCAAAUUCAAAUAAAUUCUAAUGUAAAAAUAAAAUAUUUUUAUUUAUCGAAAUUAGAUUCAAAUAUUUUAAUUUUAACUUAACUUCUUCUGGUUAUGUGGUGAUUUAGUUUAAUAAAAUAAUAAAAUUAUUAAGUGUAACCUUAAAAGUGUGUGCGUGAAUUAAAUAUAAAUAUGGCAAAAGCUAUAGCAAUGCUGCAGGGCUUAGGCCAGAAAGUGAGCGGGAAGGAGCACCAGGAGUGUAGGACCCUGCAGGUCAACAUGCCUCCUCCUUGUCCUGUUGAUGUUGAGUUCAAUAAUAUUAAGCUGACGGUGUCUGAAGGAUUGACCUCACGAAAGACGAAGACAAUCCUGAAGGGUGUGUCUGGACUUUUUAAAUCCGGUCAGCUGACAGCUAUAAUGGGACCCUCUGGUGCAGGGAAAUCAUCACUCAUGAACGCGCUCACUGGCUUCUCAACGCGAGGCGUCACAGGCAGAAUUCGUGCGGGCGACACGAUUUGUGAGCUAAGUCCGAAGAGCUCGAUGCGAUCGUUAGAGGCGUAUAGAAAGAAGUCUUGCUACAUCCUCCAGGAUGAUAGACUCAACCCGCUGUUCACGGUCGCUGAACUCAUGAAGUUCGCAGCUGAUAUGAAGUUAGGGGAUACACUUACAGAAAAGCUAAAGAUGAGCGUUAUAAACGACAUUCUUUGCACAUUGGGUUUGGCGGGAUCAGAAAACACGAGGUGUUCACAUCUCUCUGGAGGACAGAAAAAGCGACUCUCAAUAGCCGUAGAGCUGAUAGACAACCCACCUGUUCUGUUCCUGGAUGAACCUACCACUGGUUUGGACAGCAGAACGUCAGCUCAGUGCAUGGGAUUAUUGAAAAGCUUAGCUAAGAAUGGCCGCACCAUUGUUUGCACGAUACACCAGCCUCCAGCCUCCAUCUACUCGAUGUUUGAUCAGGUCUACAUGCUGGCAGAGGGUAUGUGCAUAUUCCACGGCCCCAGUGAGGACACGGUGCCCUACCUCGCAUCCGUAGGACUGCAGUGCCCGAUGUACAACAAUCCCGCUGAUUACAUUCUAGAAAUAGCAACUGGUGAGUACGGGAAGUUCAACGAGCUGUUAGCAGAGAAGAGUUCAAGACACGAAUGGACGGAGAAGACUGCACCUCUGCCCGUCAUCGAGAGGAGGAGCGAAGCCAUCGCCUUCGGGAAGACCUCCGUCAUCGUCAACCCGCCAGACGAACUAUACAAGUUCGGGAAACUGUUCAAACGAUGCAUACUACAGCAGUACAGAGAUUGGACAGUAUCCCACCUCAAAUUAUUCAUGCACAUGGUAAUCGGCGUGCUGCUCGGUCUGCUGUACGAGCGAGCUGGUAACGACGGCUCCAAGACCCUCAGUAACCUCAGCUUCCUACUGGUCAGCGUCGUCUACCUCUGCUACACGUCGCUCAUGCCUGCCGUACUUAAAAUCCCCACCGAGAUGUCAGUAUUGAAGAAAGAGAACUUUAACAACUGGUACAAUCUGAAGACGUAUUACGCGGCGCUACUCGUCACUGGCAUGCCUUUACAGGUAAUCUACAGCUUCGUAUACUCCGUACCAUCUUACUUCCUGUCGGGCCAGCCGCUAGAGCCUCACCGGUUCCUGAUGUUCGUCAUCGCGCUCGCCAACGUGGCCCUGCUGGCAGAGGCCACCGGCAACGUCAUCGGGACCUGCUUUAAUCCUGUCAACGGCACAUUCCUGGGCGCAGUGUGGACGUGCGCCAUGAUAGUGUACGCGGGCUACCUGGUGCUGCUGGCGCACAUGAGCCCCUUCAUGCGCGUCGUGUCGUACGGCUCCUUCCUGAAGUACGCCUUCGAAGCCCUCGUACUCAGUCUGUACUCGAAUGGCAGGCAGCCGUUAUUAUGCCCUGAGAGUAUGAACUAUUGUCAUUUAAGGUUGCGGUUCAUAGUUAUUGCUUGUUUAAUUAUCAGUGCGGUUAACCUAACAGACGUAACUUAUUACGAGAUAUUAGGAGUGUCGAAAAAAGCUUCGGCGCAAGAAAUAAGACAGGCCUAUAAAAAGUUAGCUGUCAAGUUCCAUCCAGAUAAGAAUCCUGGUGAAGCUGAACAAGAAAAGUUUUUAAAAAUAACAGAAGCUUAUGAGACUCUAAAAGACCCUGACAAGAGGAAGAAUUAUGAUGUGUAUGGGUCUUUCUCAUACUCUAGGAAAUAUGACUACCGGUCUCAGUCUGAAUAUGACAAUCUAUUCUACAAUGGACUGUAUCAUAAUGAUCCAUAUGUGGACACUUUAUCUGGAGCCACUUUUAAGAAUUACAUGAAGGAAGGAUUCUAUUUUAUUAAUUUCUAUUCACCAUUCUGCCCGCCAUGUCAAAAUGUGGCUGAACAUUGGAAGAAGUUGGCUGAAAUGUACAAAGGAAUUGUAAAAAUAGGUGCAGUCAACUGCAAGUAUCACAACUCAUUUUGUUUCAACAAUAUGAGAAUAGGCAGCUAUCCUACACUCCUGUUUUAUCCAAAUGGGAAUAGCGGCAGCUACGUGUACCACAGCGGGGAGCGAACACUGGACGCUCUAGACGAGUUCGUAAUGAUGUUCAUUCGGACACAGGUCCCUGUACCUACUAUAUCCCAACUCAGAAGUACUGACAAACCCAUGGCGUACAUACUAGGCCCCAACAGGAUCGGCAAAAAUGCUCUGACCAGGAUAGCUUUUCGUUUAAAUGGCAUAGUGACAGUAGCGAUAGUCGAGGACGACGAUCUCCGAAGCAAACUAGUCAGCGACGAGUACACAACCGUAGUGUUUAAAUACAAUAAAAUUAACAAAGAGAUUGAGAGCACAGAUGAGAAGGAGAUAUUAAAUGAAAUUGUAGAGGCUCUGCCGAAAAUAGAAGACAUUGACCCCGAUAAAUUAAAGGAUAUUAGAAAUGGUUUACGUACUGGCUCUCAACGUACAUGGGUUUUGUUCUUCUCGUCACAAGGAGUAGAUCGGUUGCAGCUUUAUCAAAUGAGAAAUGAAUUUCCGGAUAUGAAUUUUGGUGAAGUGGAUUGCGACCGCUGGUCAGAGUUAUGUUCGUCCCUGCAGGUGGGCUCUGCCCCCGCCUGGGCGCUGCUGAAGCGCGGCGGCGGCUACCAGCGCGGCGCCGGGCGCGGCGCGGCCCGCAGCGCGCGCGGCUUCCUGCGCAGCGCCGCGCAGGCACUGCGCCUGCACACGCUGUCCGCUACGGACCUCAACAGGAUACUCGAUGGAGAAGACGAUGGUGUGUGGGUCCUUCUAGUGGUACCGCAUCAAGCCUCAUGGGAACAUAUCGAAGAACCUUUCACACAAGCCAGCUUGCAUUAUGGUGACAGUGAAAAUAUUAAUUUCGGCAUAAUGGUCUGCACAGAGAACACAGACAAGUACUGUCGGCAAGUGACUCGCAACCAGCCAGUUGUGAUGGUACAAAAUGGUGACAAGCAACAUGUGUACAACGGCCGGGAUUAUGAUAAACAAUUGCUCGAGUUCUUGGAUUUAGUCUUAAAUAGCGAUGAUUUGGAGUUAGACGAGAAGCAAGUGCUGGAGAUCCUGGACCCGUCGUCCCGCGAGCUGGCGUGGCUGGUCGCCUUCCUGCCUGAGCGCUGCGGGGACCUGUGCUACGAUCUGGAGUACGAGUUCCAUAUUGUCGCCAAGAAGCUGCGGCCGCUGCAGUUCGUGCGCGUGGGCAUCCUGAACUGCGCGCGCAGUGCGGGCGGGUUCUGUAACAACAUCCGCGCGGCCACGGCCAGGCUGUACCCCAUAGCCUCCGGACAUCACUACAGUGUUAGUUUACAACACCUGUCGCAGGCGCCGUACAUACUGGAGUGGGCACUCGGAUACAUCGAUGACUCAGUACAGAAACUCAACUGGCAUACGUUCUCUAAGAAUGUCGUGUCUGAAGAGUUAAAUCCUACUAGAGGAAAAAAGCCUUGGCUCGUGUACUUCCACUCUCCGAGGUGUUACAGUUGUUACGAAAAGUAUUCAGAUUUCGCGGUAGCGGGUCUUUUAUUAAACAACGCUGUCCAACUCGGCAAAGUAAACUGCGUGAACGAGCGCAACCUUUGCCAACACGAACAAAUCAUGAGUUACCCGUCCCUCAAGCUCUACCUAAACAGGAACCAGCACCAAAGAUUUAGCAGUGUCAUAACUAUACAAGUGAGAGACUACGAGAGCUUACUACAAGAGAUAAAACCUCUUUUGAAGAGAUACGAUGAGAAUCUCUUAGCUGGACUAGAUCCUAGUGUUAGAAAUAGUUUUGAUAUCAAACAUGAUGAGUUUUAAACAUGCCUUGUACAACGUUUUUAAAAAGAAAGCCGAUUCAUACGCAGCUUUAGUCAAUACAAAUUAUGACAUGAAGAAAAAAGAAAUUGGGCUGCUAACAAACCCAUCUAAUGAUUUGUCAAAUUAGAAUGUUACAUGUGGUGCUAUGUCGUCAAGGUGUCGAAAAGAAACGUCGUAAAUUACUUCACUGUGCAUCACGUUGUCAAUCCAACUUAUGUAGAAGGAUCAAAUUUUCUUUCAAAAUGGACUAAUUGUUAUGGUAUUUUAUAAAUUUUGUUGACCCACGUCUUUUUAAACAUGUCGUAUAGACAACAGCUGUGUUACAUGAUGAAUAGGAAUUUUAGUCGCAAAUGAACUAUAAACACAAAAGAAGAUAUUCCUAUUACAAAGGGUUGUCUGUCAUUAAAUGACUAGCACAAAUAUUUGUAUAACAAUCAAUUUAGUUGAAAUUACUAAGCAAUGAGUACUAAAAUGUUUCCUACUUACAAACUAUUAAAGUUUAUAUUGGUAUACCUAGUAAAUAAUAAAUAACUGUAACAAGAAAUCUCAAUAAUAACUUAAGUGCCUUAGUUUAUGGUAGCUACUGUACUUUUUUUUAUAUUGAAUUGGUAGAUAUGGUACAGAGGCUUUUAUAUGGUUCUAGAGAAAUUACAAAAAUCUAAACACAUUAGUAUGUACUACAAAGAUUUACAUACAAAAUCACAAUAAUGUAUGUUUAUAUUACUGCAAUAUUGUAAUUAUGUUCUACAACUUUAUUUAUUUGUAAAUGCAUUUAUAGUAGUAGUGUAGUGAUAACGGUUGUAAAAUUAGAAAAUGAGCUGACCCAUCAAUUUUGUAUGUACAUUCUUAAAUGUAUAGUGUUUUAUAACAAAACCUGUAUCUCUUUUCAAUCUCACAUAGUUUAAUGUUUGAUAUAAACUGCAGCAAUGCCAUGAUCUAAGAAAUACGCAAUUGUGAUAUUAUUAGGCCUUAAUAGAUUAGGUAAAUAAGUAUAAAUAAAGACGUGCCUUCAGCAACAAGCUCAUUUCAAUUAAUCUGUAUUUUAGACUACAGUAAUAAAAACACAAACCUACUUCCAAUAGUUGUCUAUAAAUAAUAGAACUAGUCAAAAUAAAAAUGGUUAACUUUUGUAAUGAAAUUAAUAACUUUAACAUAAUGACAAUAAAUCAUACCAUAGACAGUC